GAGAGGGCUUCGAUACUUAUGAGAUUACCCACAGUUCUUAGCGGGUGGUCAUAUUGGUAGGCAGUCUUCGCAUCGCACACGAAACGUCCGGAACGAAGCGAUGCCGACCACCUGCGUUGUUGUGAAUUGUCAAAGCAGAUCGGAUAGAGAUAAAAAGAUCUUCUACAGACUACCACGGCUUAUCAAACAUCAAGGCAAAGUGACAGAAACGAAGAGCAACAAACGAAGAAGACUUUGGUUGGCAGCCAUUAACCGGUCCGAUUUGACGCAGAAAACUUUGGACCAGAUUCGAGUUUGUUCGGAUCAUUUUCUUUGUGGAAAACCGGCUAAACUGUAUGAUGAAACCAAUCCAGACUGGGUACCAAGCAAGAACUUGGGGAAUGGUGUUGCUAAAUCUCCAUCUAAAAGUGCAGUGAGAUAUGACCAUCUGCAGAAGAGGAAUAAAUUCAAAACAGUUACUGAAGCUGCCUUGAGUCUUUUGGAGCUGAGUGCUUCAUUUGCUACGGAUGCAGGUGUGACAGAUGCUGACCCAGAGCGUGACGUUGCUGAAGACAGGGAGGGAGCGUCAGACUCUGAGGAGAUGAAAUUAGCCAAAAUCGAAAUUUCUGAGUUAAAGGAUGAAAACCGAAAACUUCAGGAGCAGAAUGAAUACUUGAAAUAUAUCAUACAUGAAAAGAAAGCCAGUAUAUAUGUAAAGUGAGAGCCAGUUUGCCAGAAGAUUUUGAACAUGAUGAUGAUAAAUUAUGCCAGGAAGACAAAAGUAGAAAAAAAAAUUAAAAUGAU